UUGAUUUCGAUGUACAUGGACUUUCUUUUUUCCACCACUUCAAUUUUCCAUGCCGUGAAAGACUUGCUUUUGGACUUUCUUUUUAUUCUGCAGUUAAAUAUUUCGUAAUCGUAUUUCAAGAACAACACAAUAUUUCUGUACAAGAAUUAUGGGGUUCUUGUUCUUCAUCCACUUAACUCUUUUAUUUCUCUUGAGUACGUCUACAUUCAGUACCAGCACUGAUACUGAUAUUGCAUGCCUGAAAUCAAUCAAAGACUCCUUCAAAGAUCCUCAACAUCGCUUACACUCUUCCUGGAACUUAAAUAACAAUACCCACGAUUUCGUCUGUUAUUUUGCUGGUGUUGAUUGCUGGCACAUAGACGAAAAUAAAGUCUUAAAUCUCAAUCUCGCCAAUAUGGGUCUCGAAGGCAACUUUCCUACGGGUAUUGAGAACUGCACAACCCUUACAGGCUUGAACCUUUCAGGCAACCAAAUCUCCGGCACAAUCCCAUCUGAUAUAUCCAAAAGAAUCCCAUUUCUCUCCGUUCUUGAUCUAUCUCACAAUAAUCUCUCUGGUGAAAUUCCUGUUAGUAUAGCCAAUUGCUCUUUCCUUAAUGUGCUAAUACUUGAUAAUAACAGGUUAACAGGGCAAAUACCGACGGAGAUUGGGCUCCUGAGUCGACUCCGGAGAUUUAGUGUUGCUAACAAUUUGUUGUCUGGGCCUGUGCCUAAUUUUAAUCCUAAUUUCACUGCUUGGGUUGGUAGUGAUGGUUAUGCAAAUAAUGAAGGACUAUGUGGUGUACCUUUGGAUCCUUGUCUUCCUCCUCCUAUUGAGUUCCCUGUUCCCUUCUUUCAUGGGUUUGUUGUUGGUUAUGCUGUUGCUUUUGCUCUGGUUAUUGUUCUUUUUGCUCUGUAUUCUACAACCAAGUUUUCGAAGAAUAAGGUUCUAGGGAAGAAAAUUAAAAAGCCAAUAAAGAUACCAAUUGAUGGAAGAAGGAUGGAUAUAAAGAUUUCUACAUUGGAGAGGAUGGUUACAAGAAUGAGUUGCAAAGAAAUUGCUGAUGUAACUUCAAAUUUCGAUAAAGAGAAUAUCAUUGGUCAAGGAAAAAUGGGAACAAUGUACAAGGCAACACUUCCAAAUGGUUGGUUUCUUGCUAUUAAGAGGCUCUACAAUUUCCAGAAUUUCAAGAAAGAAUUUGUAUGUGAGCUAAUGACUUUAGGUAGGUUAAGACACACUAACUUAGUGCCUCUAAUAGGAUUCUGCAUAGAAAAGAAAGAAAUGCUUCUAAUCUACAAAUACAUUUCAAAUGGAACCCUUUAUGAUUGGCUUCAUAAAACCAAAAUUGGUGGUGAUAAUAACAUUGAUUGGCCUUUAAGGGUUAAAAUAGCAAUUGGAUUAGCAAGAGGCUUGGCUUGGCUUCAUUACAACCCUAAUAUUCAGGUUAUUCAUCUCAACAUAACCUCCAAAUGUAUUUUACUUGAUCAGAAAUUUGAGCCCAAAAUGUCGAAUUUCAAUGGAGCUCUGUUCUUGAAUCGAAAUGAUAUACAAUCAACUAGAGAUUUCAUUGUGCAUAGAGAAUUUUGGGAGAUGGGUUUUGUUAAGAAGGAUGUCCACAGCUUUGGAAUGCUUCUUGUUGAGCUAAUUACAGGAAAGGAUCCUACUGGAAUCAUCAAUUCGUUUAGCAUAUUUAAUGGUACUGAGCUUUCAAUUAGUUCUUCUGGACUUUAUGAUGCUAUUGACAAGCGUAUUGUUGGGCAAGGAAAUGAUGGAGAGAUAUUUCAGAUCCUGAGAAUUGCUUGUGAUUGUGUUCAGGCCUUUCCUGAGAAAAGGCCAACAAUGCUUAAGGUCUAUAGAACAUUAAGGGCUAUUGGAGAGAGAUAUGGGCCUGAAGAUGAUUCUGAUAUGUUGUCACAAACUGAAAUCUCCAUGUUUAAAUUGGGUUUGAAAUAAUAAUGUUAUUGAUUUCACUUUUCUC